AUGUUACCUGCCGUUAUUCCUUCUUCGGAAUUAAAAGCCAAAAAACGAAAGGAAACACAUGCAACUUUUUCUUCUUCUUUAUCAGCGGCGACGACAACUACGACGACGACUACGACGACUAUUAUUGGCAACGGUCAUGAGGAUCCCAUUUGGGGAAACAUCUCUUUCAUCACAUUGGAAUGUUAUCAUGUACCGUCGAGUCAUGUGGUCCAAGACGCUUGCAACAAGAAAGCGGAACGUAGUAAUCGAGAAGAAAUCAUGAUUUCCAAUCCGUCCUCUUCCGGUUAUCGAUUUGAGAUGAAGACUCGAGUGCCAAAAAAGACACAAAACUUUAAACAAAUCAUCAAACAACUGCGGAUUUAUUGGGUUGUUGGAACUGAGGACUUUUAUCCAGGAAUAACAUUUGGAACUGAAUUAUUCUUUCCAAACAAUAGAGAUGAAUUUAUACAAAUUAUUAAAACACAUGUGGACGAUUGGACAACGAGUGAUCGAGUGAAAAAAUAUCAUGUAAAAGUGAAUGGAAAGAAUUUUAUAUUACAAGGAUUAGACAAGGUAUUUAAAGCGAAUAAGAGCUAUCCAUUACAUGAAAUGUUGGAUCACACCUCGAAGAACCAUGUGGAAUCGUUUAAAGGGAGAGAUUUGUACAAAAUGUAUCUUGAUUAUGAUGAUCUUUCAAUUUUGAAAGUUGAUCUCAUUCAAUCAAAUGUACUUAAAACAAAUGUACAAUUUCUUGAGGAGGAUGGUGACACUGACAGUGAACUUUCCAUAGACCGUCCAUCUAAAGAAAAAAAAGAAAUGACUACAAAAAAGAAAAAACUAUCAACGUCAAUUACAAAACUCAUUGCCUCUUCAGAAUGUGAGGACGAAUCGUUCAUUCAAUUAGUGGCUUCACUUGUGAAAUAUGAAAAUGUUCCAAAAGACGGCAUUGGAAAAUACGGCACCAAGAUUGAAUUGUUAAUUGGCCAAGAACUACCACGGGCAGCAGAAAUUAUUGAAAACUCUACUUGUGUUGACUAUGAAUUUCUCAAAUUGGCAAUUGAAUUAAGAAUGAACGAUCUGGUGCCAUUACAUCAAUUCUAUAGCUACGUUGCUAAAUGCUUUAUUCCUUCUCAAUAUGAAGACAAUCGAAAUUUAUGGUAUUCAUGUGAUUCAAAUCUGAAAAUGACGUGGUAA